ACUGGUCAACACUUUUACUUUCUUUUGAUGGCCAACAAUAAAGUUAUCUGUUACCAGUGUUGGUUGUGGUGGCUUUAGCCAAAAAGGUUUCGGUUAUUAAGCCAUUUCGAUGGUAAAAUGAGAGACGAUAAAUAAUGAUAAUUACCUGGGUGGAAAUGUUUGGACCUACUUUACAACAGUGGGUGGUGUGUGCACCUUAUAAACAAAGUACCUUAGGUAUCAUCGUUAUCAAAAGAUAUCUCUUUGAUUUUUGUUUUUCUCAAAUAAUCCCAGAUCCCAAUUCCAACCCUUUAUGUCAUCAUAAAAUACAAGUCUGUAGUUGUGUGAACAUUUGUGAUUGAUAAGAUAUUUGUUGGCUCCAUUAAACAUGGUUUAAUUUGAUAAUUGCUUAUGUCUCUGGCUCGACGCUUCACUUUACUUGCUGCACUUGAUAAUUUUUUUGUUUCCGAUUGAUACGCCCUACGCAUUCGAAGUACACCCUCCCCCUCCUCGGAGACCCUCUGAUUUGUACCCAUAUUUAAUUAACUGGCCCAAAAGGUAAAACGCAAUCGAAAUGUAAACAAAAGAAGCUAACACGUCACAGUGCGCAAUGUUGUUGUCGGAUCGAAAGUUUUUCGUAUUUCGGCAUUCUUUUUAUUAUUUCGGUUUUUUUUUUUUAUUUGCUGCAGGGUCUCUGCAGAAGUUGGUCGAUGUGGUUUUUGUAAUCGGCGGUUCGAACCGUUGACAGUUUUCGAAUUGGUCUUCAGUUGAGUUCGCGUCGCGCUGCGUUGAGGUUGAGGUUGAAUUCCGCCAAGAGAUUCGCUUCCGUGAAAGUGAAACUCGCAGAUACUUGUGGCUAAAUUAAGAUGCGGUGCAGCCUGAGGAUGCAGCUAAUCCUGCUCCUGGGAAUCUGUGUGUUCAUCUCCAGGAUCCAAGGCCAGCUGAUUGGCGGCGAGGAGGACGAAGAGGAUGAGGAGGAGGAGGAAGAGGAGGAGGAGAGCGUCGAGGACGAAACGCCGGAGGAUCGACUGCAGCGCAAGAACAUCAAACAGGAUUCGACUCUUAGUGUGGACAAAUUAAUCGCCAAGUACGGCUACGAGGCGGAGGUGCACCAUGUAACCACCGAGGACGGAUACAUUCUCACCAUGCACCGCAUCCGCAAGCAGGGCGCCCCGCCCUUCCUCCUGCAGCACGGACUCGUGGACAGCUCGGCGGGAUUUGUGGUAAUGGGCCCCAACGUAAGCCUGGCCUACUUGCUGGCUGACCACAACUACGAUGUCUGGCUGGGGAACGCGCGUGGCAAUCGCUACUCGAGGAAUCACACCACCCUCGACCCGGACGAGUCCAAGUUCUGGGACUUCAGUUGGCACGAGAUCGGGAUGUACGACUUGCCAGCGAUGAUUGAUCACGUGCUAAAGGUGACUGGAUUCCCGAAACUGCACUAUGCCGGCCACUCGCAGGGAUGCACCUCCUUUUUCGUGAUGUGCUCCAUGCGUCCCGCCUACAACGCCAAGGUCGUCUCCAUGCAGGCCCUGGCACCCGCCGUUUAUGCCAAGGAGACCGAGGACCAUCCCUACAUCAGGGCCAUCAGUCUGUACUUUAAUAGCCUGGUAGGCAGCUCAAUUAGGGAGAUGUUCAACGGGGAGUUCCGGUUUCUGUGCCGGAUGACGGAGGAGACGGAACGCCUGUGCAUCGAGGCCGUAUUUGGAAUAGUGGGUCGCAACUGGAACGAGUUUAACAGGAAAAUGUUCCCCGUGAUCCUGGGUCACUACCCGGCAGGAGUGGCUGCCAAGCAGGUGAAGCACUUCAUCCAGAUCAUCAAGAGCGGUCGCUUUGCUCCGUACAGCUACAGUUCCAAUAAGAAUAUGCAGCUGUACAGGGAUCAUCUGCCACCUCGUUACAACCUGAGCCUGGUGACGGUGCCCACUUUCGUGUACUACUCCACCAAUGAUCUGCUAUGCCACCCCAAGGAUGUGGAGUCCAUGUGCGAUGACCUGGGCAACGUGACGGGCAAGUAUUUGGUGCCGCAGAAGGAGUUCAACCACAUGGACUUCCUCUGGGCCAUCGAUGUGCGGAAAAUGCUCUACCGGCGUAUGCUGCAGGUCCUCGGAAAAGUGCCAGAGGGCUCGCCAGAAGAGGCUAAUCGAUCCAGAAGGGAAGUCCGGGGAAGAUUCAUACGUUCAUAAGUAUGUUACCUUUUCUGAGACAUAUUUAUUUUGUAACUAUAAGUAUUUAUUUGGACAAUAAUAUUAUAAACAAAACUUUGCGCUUUGUAUUUAUUAUCAUUCCGUGCGUAAAAUUAUCACAUACAGUGUCGAUUUCAGAUUCAUAUUAAAAGUAACAAAGCCACU